AUGGGCCACUAUAUCACGCUAGCAACCUGCAAUUUGAACCAGUGGGCAUUGGACUUUGAGGGCAACCGCGACAGGAUUGUCGAGUCCAUCAAGCAAGCCAAAGCUAAGGGCGCCACUCUUCGUGUGGGUCCAGAAUUGGAAGUGUGUGGGUACGGAUGCUUGGACCAUUUCUCGGAAAAUGACGUCUACGACCACAGCUGGGCCAUCUACGCCGAGAUCUUAGGCAACCCAGAUACCCACGGUAUUCUCCUUGACAUUGGGAUGCCAAUCAUCCACAAAUCCAUCAAGUACAACUGCAGAGUGAUCUCGUACGAUGGCACCAUUCUUCUCAUCAGACCCAAGUUGUACUUGGCCAACGACGGCAACUACCGCGAAAUGCGCUACUUUACUCCCUGGAACCGUCCCAAGUACUGGGAGGAGCACCAAUUGCCCAAAGACAUCCAGAGGGUGUUUGGCCAGUCCAAGUGUACGUUUGGCGACUGUGUAAUCGAGACCUUGGAGACCCGUUUGGGGUGCGAAACCUGUGAGGAGUUGUUCACUCCUCAGUCGCCUCACAUCGACAUGAGUCUUGAUGGAGUAGAGAUUUUCACGAACUCGUCUGGGUCUCACCAUGAGCUUCGCAAAUUGGACACCAGACUCAGUUUGAUUACCGAGGCCACCAACAAAUGUGGUGGGGUGUAUCUUUACGCCAACCAGAAGGGUUGUGAUGGAGACCGGUUGUACUACGAUGGCUGUGCGUGCAUCAUCGUGAACGGUAAGAUGGUUGCGCAAGGGUCUCAGUUCUCGCUUGCGGACGUCGAGGUGGUCACAGCCACCAUCGAUCUCGACGAUGUCAGAUCGUACCGCAACCAGAAGUCAGCCAACAACCAGGCAGUGCAACAGACGAAGAUCUACAAGACCAUUGAGACGAGCAUUGAAUUGUCUCCCAGCUCCAAUUUGCUCAACUUUUCCAUCAGACCCACCAAGCCAAUUGCGGUUCGCAUCCACAAGCCAGAGGAGGAAAUUGCCUUGGGCCCUGCCUGCUGGUUGUGGGACUACUUGAGAAGAUCCAAGUGUGGAGGAUACUUCUUGCCUCUCAGUGGAGGUAUUGACUCUUGUGCGACAGCUGUGAUUAUCCAUCUGAUGUGUCGUCUCGUCUUCAACUCCUUGGAUGAUCCGCAAGUGUUGCUGGAUCUCAGAUCGCUCUCCCACGACCCAGAAUUCGUGCCCAAGUCUCCCCAGGAUAUCGCAGCCAAGUUCUUCUACACCUCUUUUAUGGGCACGGAAAACUCCUCCAAGGAAACCAGGUCCAGAGCCAAGGAAUUGGCCGCAGAAAUUGGCUCCUACCACGUUGAUAUGAACAUGGACUCAUUGGUCACGGCUGUGGUCAAUGUGUUCGAAGUAGCCACCGGAAAGAGACCCAUUUUCAAGAUCUUCGGAGGCACUCAGACUGAAAAUUUGGCAUUGCAAAACAUUCAGGCCAGAUUAAGAAUGGUUUUGAGUUACUUGUUUGCUCAAUUGUUACCAUGGUCGAGAAACAAGAGCACUGGUGGCAUGUUGGUGUUGGGAAGUGCCAACGUCGACGAGUGCUUGAGAGGCUAUUUGACAAAGUACGAUUGUUCAUCAGCCGAUGUUAACCCCAUCGGAGGUAUCUCGAAGACUGACUUGAAAAGAUUCAUUGCCUGGGCUGAAGUCAAUUUCAAAAUCCCGAUUUUGAAUGAUUUCUUAACAGCCACCCCAACCGCAGAAUUGGAACCAAUCACUGAGAACUACGUCCAGAGUGACGAAAUCGACAUGGGAAUGAGCUACGACGAGUUGUCUCAAUUCGGAAGAUUGAGAAAGGUUGACAAGUGUGGUCCUUACGCAAUGUUUAUUAAGUUAUACCACGAGUGGUCGCAGCCUCCAUUGAACUUGACCGCCGAACAGGUGGCAGAAAAGGUCAAGCGUUUCUGGUUUUUCUACGCUAUUAACAGACACAAGAUGACCACCAUGACCCCUGCAUACCAUGCCGAACAAUACUCGCCAGACGACAAUAGGUUUGAUUUGAGACCUUUUUUGAUUAACCCCAGAUUUCCUUUUGCCAGCAAAAAGAUCGAUGAAGUAGUGAAGUUGAUUAACGAGAGACAGGAGGAGAUCAACAGGAGUAACAUGAGCGUGGAUUAA